GAUAGUGACCCCACUAAUGCUGCCCUAGCUGGUAAUUUCCAGGCACUGCUUGAAUUCCGGGUAGAUAGUGGUGACCAAAUACUGGAGCAGCACCUAGAAAAUGCACCAAGAAAUGCCACAUACAUUUCAAAGACCAUCCAGAAUCAAAUGAUAUCAACUGUUGGUGCUCAUAUUUUAAAUAAUUUAUCUCAAGAAAUGAGAGAUAGUAAAUAUUUUUCUGUAAUGGCAGAUGAAGCGGCUGAUAUAGCAAACAAAGAAAAUCUUUCUGUUGUGAUUAGAUUUCUCGACUCAACCAAAAACAUCAGAGAAGAAUUUAUUGGAUUUUAUAUUUGUAAGGAGGGAACAACAGGAGAGGCCAUCAAAGACCUUAUAACUGCAGCUGUAGUAGACUUAGGAUUGAUGAUGGAAGACUGUCGUGGCAAAUGUUAUGAUGGCGCUGGCAAUAUGGCUGGACGACUUAAUGGAGCCUCCUCGUUAAUCAGAGCAGAACAUGAGAAGGCAAUUUUUGUCCAUUGCAUGAAUCACCAGCUGAAUUUGUGUAUUGCCAAUACCUGCCAAAUACCAAAUGUCAGAAACAUGAUGGAUGUUGUGCGAAAGCUUUUUUAAUUUUUUGACAACUCUCCCAAGCGACAAGAACAUUUACAAUUCAAGAUCAUAGAACUUUUGCAAAAAAAAAAAAAAAAAAAAAAAAAAAAAAACACACACUGCUUUAAUUAAUGUAUGCCGCACCCGAUGGAUUGAAAGGAUAGAUGCUAUGGACCGAAUAGUUGAGCUUCUCCAUCCAGUCACAGCUACACUAGAAGAUAUCUCAAUGAACAGACACAAGCAUGAAAAUACCAACUGGAAUGCCCAAUCAUUACUUAAUGCUAUCAACUUUUCCUUUAUUGUUGCUAUUGUUAUUGUCAGACAUAUUUUGGCACUAACUAAACCACUUACAGUGAAGCUGCAAAGUAAAGCUAUGGAUAUCCUGAAAGCUAAAGAAGAACUUGCUCUUCUGAUAUCAGUUCUCACAGAAAUGAGCAAUGACAUUGAUGCCACACACCAUGAACUGUACCAGGAUGCAGUGACUAUCGCAAGACAAGUAGAUGUACAACCAGAUAAGCCAAGGGUAGCUCAGAGACAGACACAUAGACCCAGUGCUCCUGCUUCAAAUCCUGAAGACUAUUACAAGAUAAAUCUGACCAGAGUUUUCCUAGACCAUGUACUCGAGCAGCUCGAUUCUAGAUUCAAGGAUGAUGUAUUUAUCUGCUACAAAGAGCUCCAGUGGCUGCAGUUCCCAAGGAUGAAAAAGGGGAGUUUUUAUUCAAAUUAUAUUGUCUAUAAUUUUUACAUAUCUUUUGUAUAUGACAUAUGAUAUUAAUAUUGGAUUUUUUUUUCUUAUUAUCUUGAAAACUCCUGGACCAAGGACCAACCACAGGCUUGCCAUCUAUAAGUACCAUUUUUCCUUCUCCUGCUCAAAGACAGUUAGUAGGUAGCUAUAUUGGACAUAGACCAGUGGCACCCGUUUGGAUACCAGAAAUUUUUUGUAGAGCAAGGUGUUUCAUGUACCACCUUCAACAAAAUAAAACUUUUUUUGCCUUUAUGAUAGCAUGUUUUUUUGUUCUUUUUGGGGUAAUAAACUUUUCUGAAAAUGCAGAAAAUGGCAUUUAUAGAGCUUGAAAUUUCAAAUUUUCUUGGGGGAGCAUGCCCCCAAACACCCCUAUUGUUGGUGUUUCGGUGGAAACUACUCACUCAAAAACCUGGAUCCACCCCUGAUCAGUGGUUGCAUUUUGGGUUUUUAUUUUUGAUGAGAAGAUUCUCUUGUAACCACAGGUAACCCAAGCACUCGGUUUGUAUUCUACAUUCUAGUACGCAAGAGAAUUUGUAUGGAAAAAAAAAAAAAAAAACAUAAAGAAAACAGAUCUCGUAGUCGACUCACUUUUUCUUGUCUCUUGGGAUCUCUCCUGAGUACUAUGGGGCCAUAGUAUUUUUAUGCUGGCUUUUUUCUGUGAUCAUACAAACUUUGAAGCACAAAGUGAGGCGGUGAAAAGCACAUAACACAGUAAGACCGAGUGGGAGUUGCACGAUUGACUGGAUGGAUGGUAACCGCGCGAUGACCAUAAAACAAAGUCGCAUAGCUAUACCAUGUUUCUAAACCUAUGGAGCUCCGCGCGCGGCCUGCGGCUCCGCUAUUAUACAGGGUGUCCCAAAGAUUUGUUCCUCUUACUACAGGAUUGUAUUUUAAAGUAAUUACACCUUUAAGGUACUAACUAACAUCUGCACUAAAAAACUAAUUUUUUUUCCUUUCCCCGCCAAACCUCCACGCGAGGGUUUUUCUAUUGCCGCCAAAACAUUAUAUUUUGAACUUUUUGGACUUGUUUAGGCUUUUUUAGCAUGCGUAGCGAAAAAUGAGUCCUGCCCAAGCAUGUACACUUCGUGCUAAUGGGUUUUUGAUGAGGGAAAUCGUUAAAAAAACUAGUAAAAUUCGAGAGCUGGGUAGUAAAAUGGUCAGCGAGAGGUGACACAUUCGAGAAUAAA